GCCUUUUUGUAUUCUAUYUUACCGAAGCUCYAGCAGCAUCUUGAUGGGAUCUUCCAUGUACUCCUUCCACGAUUUGUGAAAACGGGCCACGGUGGCGCCAUCGACGAUACGAUGGUCUGCGGCCCACGAGACGGUACAAAUGUGGGCCUCCUCCACGCGCUGGCUCGCGGUUGGAUCUUGGUCGUGACAGGGAGCAGAUGCGAACCGGGGGAGCCGCCGGAUUUGACCCAGGGCCCCAAUGGCCACCUGGGGGGGAGUWAUGAUCGGUGACAUGUAGGUUCCGCCUCCUCCAAUCGCACCAACGUUGCUAAGGGUAAAGGUUGCUCCCUGGAGAUCGGUUGCCGGGAGUCCCCCCCCCUCUUGGCAGGUAGCUAAAUCCUUGAGGCGCUUUAGCUCUUCGGCUAUUUCUGGCAAGGUCUUGUCCUGGCAGUUUUUCAGGACGGGGACGAUCAAACCCCGGGAWGUAUCCAUAGCAAUCCCAAUAUUGUGGUCUUUCCAUAGUGUUGCUUCUUGUUUUUCCYCGUCGAAACUUGCGUUGAGCCAUGGAUAUUUCUCCAGAGCCUUGCUGGCCGCCUUUAUUGCUAGGGGCAAGAAUAUGAGUUUCUUCUCGGCCGCAUGAUGUUGCUCUCUCUUGUAUUGCGCGAAUCUAUUGAGAUUGAUUUCGUCGGAAUACACCAUGUGAGGAAUCUUUAGACUCGCUGUCAUGGUUUCUGACAUGAUCCGGUUGUAACCCCUUAAAGGUACGGUUAUGUCGUUACAAAGCGGAACAUCGAAUUCCGUGCAGGUUCCAAUGGCAGGGGGAGUGGUACUAGCAGGAGAGGCAGCUGGCUUUGUGGAUGUAGUCGAUGGCGAUGAUUCUUUCAAARCGGCUAGAAUAUCACCCUUGGUAAUUCGUUCCGAGGGACCCGUGCCCAUUACGGUGCUUAAAUCCAAUGCAUUAUCUCUAGCUAGCUUUCGUACGGCCGGGGAUGUCAAAACCUUUUUCGAUGUUAGAUUAGAAGAAAAAGUCACUCCCGCGACUUGCUCCUGAUAUCCAGGGAUAGCUUCAUGCCUUUUACUAUGCUGUUGUUUCACCGACAUCAUCAACGAAGCAUCGGUUGGAUCUCGCAUCGAAGACAAUCCUGUUGCAGAAUUCAGUGGUGGGUACAUAGAAUUCGGCGCGGCUGACAUGUCAUCCAUAGGUUUAUGGCCGUCUUUGUGUUGCUGCUGAGGGUGUUCAUUGCUUCCGCUUCGCUCCCGGAUCCACAGGAUUGGUUCGCCCACCCGAAUCAUGCUCCCCGGAGACUGAUAAGCAAGCUUGUGCACCUUSCCUUCGAAGCGACUCGUGAUUUCUACUGUUGCUUUGUCGGAUUGUACCUCGCAGACYGGAUCAAAUUCACCUAUCAUUUGUCCCUCAGUCACAAACCAUCGAAGGAGUUCCACCUCGGCAAUGCCCUCUCCGAUAUCAGCCAACAGAAAAGGUGUAGGCGCAGUGUUGAUGUCGGUAGCACUAGAGGCCGAAGUAGAAGUGUUCGAUCCACUGUUCUCGUCUUCUUCGUCGUCGUAGCCUUCUGCUGGCAGAGCCGAGCGAAAACGUUUUUGCAUAUAUCGUGACAACAACGAAGAUGAAUAGAACGGAAGACGAUAAUGCCCACUCGAUUKAUUAACAUUGAUAGGCAUGGAAAGAAGAGAGGAUGCAGAUAGUACUGCAGUGGUCGAGGACAAAGCAAAAUCCCGUUGGAUAUUGCUGUGCGCAGUCUUGCCGCAGGUAAUGCGAGCAAAACAACCUCCUAUGGAACGAGACCUAGUUUUGGAAAUAAUCAUACUGAGGAGAACGGAUGGUGGGUACUCUAUUAUCUCGUAGGUGCGUGCUGGUUCUCKUUUGCUCCGCCGCGUUUUGUGACUUCGUCGAGCAGGGAAUUGAAGACGGCAGGGCAAAUGUCAAUGAUGAAGGCGCUGGCUGCUGACCGUUUUUCUUGUUCCAUAGAAAUGAUGGUAUUUUUCUCCACCUCCUUGUUUCUGCUGUCACAGGUAGUGGUUCUGUGAUUGAUUCGGCCGCGGAAGUCGUCAGCGGGCGGCGUUGAUGAUAUCAAUGUUAUCGAGAAGGAAKRUGCCUUUCGUAGGAGUAGAAAGUGGUGAUGCUGUGCAUUUCUGUAGUAUCUCGAAAGAAAGAAUUCUCGAGAAU